CGUGCAGCGGCUUGUUGGAGCAUGCGCAGUAGUUGUACCUCCUUUCCCUCUGUUUCAAAAUACCACAAACUCGUAGAUUUCCGAUUAUUUCCUCUAGAUUUUUAACAUGGAAUAACACGACCAACAAAUGGCAACUAAAGAGCCUGCCCCAUCAGAUCCUUCUCCUACACAAGUUACAGAUUCCCUUGUUCCUAAAAAGAAGAAAACAUCAGACUUUAGGUUUGGCAAGUUACUUGGAGAAGGUUCCUACUCUACUGUGUAUGUUGCUCAAGAAAUAAGUACAGGAAAGGAAUAUGCAAUCAAAGUAUUGGAAAAGAGACACAUUCAAAAAGAGAAGAAAGUUGCCCAGGUGUCAAGAGAGAAGGAAGUCCUAAGUCGCCUCAACCACCCGUUUUUUGUUAUACUCUACUUCACAUUCCAAGACAGAGAUAAAUUAUACUUUGGCCUAAGUUAUGCCAAAAAGGGUGAGCUUCUUCCAUACAUUACAAGACUUGGUUCAUUUGAUGAGAAGUGUACACAGUUCUACUCGGCUGAAAUAAUCUCUGCUCUGGAGCACUUACAUGGUUUACAGAUAAUACACAGGGAUUUAAAGCCUGAAAACAUUCUUCUCGAUGAGAACAUGCAUAUAAAAAUCACCGACUUUGGGACAGCAAAGAUUCUUAAUAAAGAUGAAGAGAAAAACAAAGGGAGGAAUUCCUUUGUUGGCACGGCACAGUAUGUAUCUCCUGAACUUCUUACUGAUAAGCGAGCAUGCAAAAGCUCUGACAUCUGGGCCCUAGGAUGCAUAAUCUAUCAGCUUCUCUCUGGACUCACACCAUACAGAGCAGGAAAUGAGUAUCAGAUAUUUCAGAAAAUUAUCAAGAAUGACUAUUCCUUCCCAAGUGGCUUUCCUGAAAUUCCCAAAGACCUUGUAGAGCAACUUCUAAUUUUAGAUCCAACCAAACGUCUAGGUUGUGAAGAAUGCGGAGGUUUUUCAGAAUUAAAGAAACAUCAGUUUUAUGAAGGUGUUGACUGGGAUGGGCUACCAGAGUCUAAAGCUCCAGAACUGCUACCAUACCUUCCGCCCACCAGUAGCACUGAAGAGGAACUACGCAGCAAAUAUAAGGUUGAUACUUUUGAUAGUAACGAUGGUUUUGAUGACACCAUUCUCGCAAGGUUUGGAUUAUCAGAUGAGGACCACAGACCACCCAUCACCCGAACUGCACCUGGGAUUUCUGAGGAAGAGCGCCAAGAAAGACUAGCCACACAGGCCAAAGAGUCUAAAUGGCACCAGUUUGUGAAUAAUAAUCUUAUUCUGAAGACAGGGGUUGUCGAUAAGCGGAAGGGUCUGUUUGCUCGCCGGCGCCAGCUGAUCCUCACGGAAGGCCCUCGCCUGUACUAUGUCGACCCAGUGGACAUGGAUCUUAAGGGGGAGAUACCUUGGACAAAGGAUUUAAGACCCGAAGCAAAAAACUUCAAAAUAUUCUUUGUUCACACGCCUCAUCGCACGUACUACCUAGAGGACGCCAAAGGGCACGCGGUAGAAUGGGUGAAGAAAAUACAAGAAGUGCACGAGUCAUAUUUUGGCUCUUCCAACGGUUCGUCGUCUCCAAAAAACAAGUCAUUCAACAACGCACAUUAGAAGUAACCAACGGCAAGCGCUUAUUGCAACACGUGGUACCAUCUUGUACAGCCAACUGACAAGUCGCCGCCUUCUGCACUAGGACAGAAGACAGAUUGCAAAUGUGCAGUAAUGAAUUUUAAUAUUUGCCUCGAUACAAACUCUUUAUUUUCGGUAUCGAGCUACCGAAUCCAUAAGGAGAGGCCGGGAAGAGAGACGAGGAAAUAUCUCAACUUUAGCAGUCCACCGCCAAAUGAGUCGUGGGUGUUAUACCUUUUUUGUCGAGAAAUUAGCUAAUCAGAAAGAAAGGACCGCCCUUAUGGUAAACAGUGGUACCUUUAUUCCUCCCACCUCGCUGGUCUCAUCCGUUAUUUAAUUACCUGAUUUAAUAGUUUAAAAGCUCCCCAUACUCGGGAGAAAGGAGCAACAUGCUAAGACAAGGCAUUAACCCCCAUGCUUACAGCGCAAACAUCGACCAGCAUUGCUGGUACCGCUACGCUCGAUUGGCCACAAGAUCAAGGAAUGUUGUCGAGCUACAUCGAAGCACCUCCCAAUACGUGUGUAAAUAGCAUUGUUGACCCAGCAAUUCUUGGUUCUCUAGCCAGCUGUGCUAGCGCUGUUUACCAUAGUAAACAGCGCUAGCACACAUCAUCACGUAUCACCAUAGUUUCUGGCGUCCUUUUUCUGUUUUGGGUUUCCUGUGGUUUAUGUGCUCUCUUGCAUUACAGCCCGCCAAAGGAAUCCCAAACAGAGCGCCAGGAAGUAGGCUGCACUUCUUUUUAAUUGAUAUUUUAUCAAGUACACAAUUAUUUAUUGAUUCUUUUUUCUCUUAUUUUCCUUGUUGACCCUCUUAAACUCGAGCUCCCUCGACUGAAUUAUAAAAUAAAUAAAAUAAAGGGUGGCUUCUGACGAAAGAACUUUUCUCGCUAUAAUCCAGAAUGUUGCCCCUACUUUGUAAGAUAUUUGGAAAUACAUGAAAUUUGUAGAAGACUAAGACUUAAAUUUAUUUUUCGUUUUAAUGACCGAAAAAGCAUUCCGAGCAAAGUCUUUCUUAUUUCAAGGUUGAGCUUAGAUUUUAAAUAUAUAUCUAUUCACAAGAAUGAAUACUUGAAAUAGAAACAUAAAAGUUUGUCAUGUCUAGCGUGAAUUUCCACCCAAGACCUAAACAAUCAAAUAAGCGCCGAGUCCGCUCAAACGAGCAUUUGUGGUAAUUAGAAUGCUUUAUUCUCGGGAGUUAGUCUAUCAGCUUUAAUCAAAAUGCCUCUGCCAGCCACUAUUUUACUGCCCUAUCAAAAUAAAGUACGUUUGACGCA